GCAUGUAGACAUUUGUUGACCAGUCUAACUACAGAACUUGUCUAAUCAACAUUUUGCUGUCUUUGUUCGCAUUUAUGAUAUUCAGCAACUGCUCAAUAGAAGUAAAAUUGCCAGUUAGAAGUGUUCAGUGCUGAAGUCCCACUAGUUACCAAUAGAUCAAGGAAGGCGCCAUGUCAAAUCCCAAGCAACCAGUUAAAUAUACGAAGUUGUUCAUCAACAAUGAAUUUGUCGAUGCUGUUUCAAAGAAGACGUUUCCUACCAUAAAUCCCGCAACAAAAGAAAAGAUCGCAGAUAUUGCUGAAGGAAAUGCGGCAGAUGUGGAUCUUGCUGUCGAGGCAGCCAGAGCUGCGUUUAAUAGAAAAUCUGAUUGGCGGAAGUUAGAUGCAGCAGGACGUGCAAAACUUAUCACUAAAUUGGCUGACCUGAUAAACCGGGAUAUCAAUAUUUUGGCCAAUCUUGAAAGCAUGGACAACGGAAAACCAUUCUCUCAGGCUCUCCUGGAUGUCGACAGGGCAGUCCAAACCCUGAAAUAUUAUGCUGACUGGGCUGAUAAAUAUUUUGGAGAAACUGUUCAGGCUCCAGCUCCUCUAGUGUCUAUGACCAGAAAAGAGCCUGUCGGCGUAGUUGGACAAAUUAUUCCGUGGAAUUAUCCGUUGGUUAUGUUAGCAUGGAAAUUUGGGCCUGCAUUAGCAACUGGUUGCACUAUUGUUUUGAAGCCCGCCGAACAGACUCCGUUGACAGCCUUAUAUGUGGCGGCUCUCUCCAAGGAAGCUGGAUUUCCAGAUGGUGUAAUUAAUGUCAUUACUGGAUAUGGUCCUACAGCUGGAGCAGCUAUUUCCGGGCACAUGGGUGUGAAUAAAGUUGCAUUCACAGGAUCCGUCCAAGUUGGAAAACUUAUAAUGAAGGCAGCAGCUGAAUCGAAUUUGAAGCGCGUCACCCUUGAAUUGGGUGGAAAGAGUCCUUUGGUCAUAUGCGAAGAUGUGAAUUUGGAUGAAGCUGCCGCCAUUGCUCAUGAUGCCAUAUUUGCCAAUCAUGGCCAAAAUUGUUGCGCAGGUAGUCGAACCUUUGUCCAUGAAAGCAUCUACAACGAAUUCGUUGAGAAGGCUUCGGAUUUAGCCAAGCAAAGAAAGGUUGGCAAUCCUUUCGUUGAAGGAAUCAUGCAAGGACCACAAGUCGAUGCAGAGAUGUAUCAUAAAGUUAUGGAAUAUAUUCAAGUUGGCAAAAGUGAAGGUGCAAAAAUUGAGACUGGCGGAAAACCGGCCAGCACUGCAGGUUACUUUGUUGAGCCUACUGUAUUUUCCAACGUAACAGAUGACAUGAAAAUCGCAAAGGAGGAGAUUUUCGGACCGGUUCAGUCUAUCUUGAAGUUCAGAACGCUAGAUGAAGUUAUUGAGCGGGCUAACAGGACAUCGUAUGGUUUAGCAGCAGGAAUUGUUACCAAGGACAUCAACAAAGCAAUGAAGUUCGCUCAGGAAGUGGAGGCUGGAUCAGUUUGGAUCAAUUGCUACAAUGCUGUCAUACUGCAGGCACCAUUCGGAGGAUUCAAGCAAUCUGGUAUUGGUCGUGAACUUGGGAAAGAUGCAUUAGAAAAUUAUUUGGAGACGAAAACGAUUACUAUGCGUAUUGCUGAUGUAAAUUGAACAGUUGUUUCCUACAUUCAUUCGGAUUAGAACUUUUUCUCUUCAUGGAAUUAUUGGAUUGAAUAAAGCAUGAACAACAUUUUGAUUAUGUGGUUCAAAGAAAGGUAA